UGAAAAAUUUGUUAGAAGCAUAACAGAUAUAACGUGGGAUUGGCGUUAAGUAAAGUGCAAAAAUGCAAAAAAUGGACAAAAAUGAGACCGCUCUGCAAUAGGAGCAGAAACUCGAACAACUAAACAAGGGUGUUGGACCAUAACGAACAGUGUAAGCUUCAAACUAUUAUUGACAUUGAACGAAAGAGCCGCGGCACAAACCGCAAAAUUCAAUUAUUACAUAAUUUGUACAAAUUAUAGUUAUUUCCUUUUCUGUGCUCAAAUAAAGUCGUUUCCAAUUGCUAUCACACAAAUUCAAUGAUUUUUAUAAAAGCCAGUAAAUGGAUGGGAUAAAUUCAGUCCACUCUUUAACAUUGCGAGUCUUAUCAUGCCUGCUACUUUGAAUUCUGUUAUCAUCACCGCAAAUUUAGUCCUCACCAUCUUACGGGAGCUGGUCAUGGUGCGGGCAAUAAUUGUAGAACGAAAUCUGCACGCUUACUAUAAGCUGCCCGUAAGACCAACGGAUUACUCACAAGAAUAUCAUAUAUUGCAGUGUCCUUUCCAAAAUACUACAGCUAUACCCACGCCAGAGAAUAUGGAGAUUUGCGUGAUUGUUAAUGCGUACAGAGAGGAAGUCAAAAACACGACAAUUCCGCGAAAAAUAAAAACUCCAUUACAUACAAAAGUAAAAUACCAAAUGACACGUAGAUAUCGAAAGAAUCCCAAGGGGUUAAAGAAAAUACGCAAGAUACGCCCGUAUAUGAUAGUAAUAAGGCCGGUACGAAUGAGAACGGAAACAAGUUGCGCCUUGGUAGCCAAAGCUUUGGCUCAACAACAAGCACCCUCGUAUCGUGAACAUUUGGGAAUUGUAAAAAAGGACAAUAGUCGUACGCUUGAGCAUAAAAGAGGGUUAGAGAGGCAAAAGCUGACCGAUCAACGAAUGCUCGAUACAAAGCUGGCUCAUGUUUUCGCAAAGGUCACGCCAAUUACAGCGAAUGCGACCGAAGCAGAAAAUAUCGAUCCAAAUGAAGACAGAAAAGAGGAUGAGGAUGUCAAGGAAAAUUACGAGGUUAGCUCGAAAGAAUAUUUGGACGAAGAAUACCAUGAUUAUGACACUCAUAUACCAGAAAAUAAAAACGUGCCGGAGAACUCGGUGUUAAGAUAUCUUGGUGCUCAGGCGGCUAUCAAAAAACUAAGUCAAAGACACAAAACAGAUCAACCUCCUAGUGAGAAUGCUGAAAAGUUUUUUGAGGAAUCUAAUAAUUAUCAAGCUGGUGAAAAAUUGCAAGGCUUUCAAAACUAUUAUCAUAGGGAUGAGAUUUUCAAUGAUCACAUCUUUUAUGACGAUCUUCAGCAACAUGGACACUACAAUGAGCGUGGACGAAGACAUGAAAGGAACUAA